UAUCAUAUUUAGAUUGGUACUACUGACUCUAAACAAUAUGGAAAAUAUAGAUUAUAGAAUAGAAAUCAACGAUGUUAGUAUUAAUUAAUAAUUAAAUAAUAAAAUGGUAUAAUUAUUUCUCUUGUAAGAAAAAGAUAAAAAUGCUGGUAAAAGCCGACAUGUCUGCCUUACUAUUGGAAGAAAAUAACUUCGAGUGUAGAGUAAGUUCUGUGCUAAACAAAAACGUUCAGUCUUUUGGAAAAAAGUAUAUGUUUGAUCAUUGCUGUGAAACAUGCUGGAAUUCUGAUGCGGGAAGUCCACAAUGGGUUCUUAUUGACUUCAAAGAUGAAUGUAAUCUUUCUCACUUUGAGAUCGAAUUCCAAGGUGGAUUUGCUGGAAAGAAUUGUCAUAUAGAGGCUGGCAACAACAAAAAGGAGUUGACAAUUGUCGAAUCCUUUUUUCCAAAAGACAAUAACGAUCUACAGCAAUUUAACUUAAAAAAUCAGAUUACAGCCAAGGUCUUUAAAUUUAUAUUUAAUGAAAGCACUGAUCUCUUCGGUAGGAUUGUCAUAUAUCAUUUAAAAUUGUACUCGUGAUAUCUAUUUUGAUAUCUUAGUUAUAAUUUUGUACAUAACAAGAUAUAUUCAUACAAAUACAAAUUUUGUACAGCAACAUUUUAUUAAAAUUUACUACAUUACAAUUUGUUUCAAUUUUGUUUGUAAAUUAUAGCUAAGAGAGCUUUUUACAAGCAUUUGUAUGUUUAUUUUUUAUUUAUUCAAACGUAUCAUUUUUUAGAUCACAUGUAAUUCUAUAAUACAUCAGUUUCAA